UGAGACUCUGUCCUGGAGUCACCCAGGAGAGAUGGAACCACCUCAGUGUGUGGAGGAGCUGGAAGAUGAUGUGUUCCAGCCAGAGGAUGGGGAGCCAGGGACACAACCUGGGAGCUUGCUCUCUGCUGCCCAGAGCCAGCUGGAUUGUCCCCUCAGUCGGCUUCAGCUGUUUCCUCUCACUCACUGCUGUGGUCCUGGGCUCGGGCCCAUAAGCCAGGAAGACAAGGACACCCAGACCCUCAGCCCAGCCUCCCCAGGCCAGGGUGUUAUGCUACCUUGUGGGGUGAUAGAGGAACUCCAGAGACUCUUUUACGGCAAUGCUGGCUGCAGGCUUCCUCUCCCUUCCAGUUUCCCUGCAGGCUUGCCCCUUGGGGAGCAGCCCUCUGAAGGACAGUGGCAACAUCGAGCAGAGGUACAGAUCGCCAGAUAGCUUCAGUGCAUUGCUGACCAGUUCCAUUAGCUUCACAUUCAACAACACCAGCAGAACCGAGACCCUGCGUGGUGUCAGGUCUUCCUCUUCCUGCAAAACCUGGCCUUGAACAGAGAAGAA